AUGUCUAACGAAGGAGGCUGCUUCUGCGGAAACGUCCGUAUCAAGUCCACCGGCGAUGUCCAGGCCAAAGCGCUGUGCCAUUGCGCGGACUGCCGUAAGAUUAGUGGAUCGACAUACUCGACCAACAUCAUUGUGCCAGGCGAUGGCUUCUCCCUCCUGAAGGGCAAGCCCAAAGAGAUCACCAAGAAGGCGGAUAGUGGAAAGAGCAUCACCAGCUACUUCUGUGGCGACUGCGGCUCUACACUCUGGAGACAGGGUGAGACUUUUGGCGAUGCCAGAAUCCUCAAGGUCGGCGUGAUGGACGACCCUACUAUUAUUGAAAGCGCUGCGCCUGCCGUCGAGUUGUAUGCCAAGGAGCGUGUGAGCUGGGUGUCUCCAAUCGGUGGCGCUGGCCAGAAGACCGGUAUGCCAGACUCUGCUGAUGCAUGA